AUGGCUCAAAAGUGGUAUCUCAACAAAGAAGAGUUGAAGAACUCUCCUAGUUCCAAGGAUGGCAUCAGCGCGGAGAAGGAGCUAGAUCACAAACAACAAGCCGCUUACCUUAUAACUGAUUUGGGCAAGCGGCUAAAGUUGUCAGAAGUCUGUGUGCACACUGCCAUUGUGUACAUGCACAGAUUCUUUAUUCACCAUUCAUUAGCCAAGUUUCACCGGUAUGAAAUUGCCACGGCAGCGAUUUUUCUGGCGGCAAAGGUGGAAGAAGAGCCACAAAAAUCGCAGGCGGUCAUCAGCGCUCUUCAUGUCUGCCUCAACAAAUACGAAGUUCACCAACUGGACACUACUUUUGCCAAGAACCAGGAGAAGGUCAAGGCACUAACUUCAAAUGAGCAACUUCUUCUGGGAACACUUGGAUUCAAGAUGGGGGUUAGUCACCCUCAUCAUUACAUCAAGAAAUUCUGUGGGGAAAUAAAAGCUUGCAAGGAAUUAUGCAAGAUUUUCCUGCAGAUGGCUAAUUACACUUUACAGAUGACGUCAAUGUGCGUGAAAUAUAAAGCGGCAGUUGUGGCGUCAUUCUGUAUUUAUUUUACCAUCCAAUCAUCGCAGUGA